GUCUAUGCCGUGGUCUCCUUACGACCUUUCGUCACUGUGGCGCUUAAGAUAUCAGUGGAUUCAUACUGACCACUUACUCUGCAACUCAUGCAAUGGGCUGCUGCUGUAGAGCCGGUUCCUCGUGGCUGACCACUCCCAGGCUCAUUACGAACGCUGCCUGCCUCAACUUUCGGCCUAUAUUCAACAUGUGCAGUGUGAGCUUCCAUCGUAACAACACCUCUUCGCCGACGGCUUCCUACAGCCGGCGUUGGUACAAACCGGAACGUCGCGGAGGUAUCAGUCAAGCACCGGAAAUCGUCCGGCAUUGGGUGCAAGGGGAUGCUCUUCCCGGUGGCAAACAUCAAGAGGAAAGGUUUACAGUUGUUUCGUACAACAUUUUGGGAGAUAGGAAUGUUUCGAAUCACGGAGAUCUAUAUAGAAAUGUUCUCCCAACUUACUUAGAUUGGGACCACCGUAGAAGAGUUAUUUGUGAAGAGCUCCUUGGAUUGAAUCCUGAUAUAAUUUGCCUACAAGAGGUGGACAAGUACUAUGAUCUACUAAACAUUUUGGAGAAAUCUGGAUAUCUCGGCUCCUAUAAGAGGCGCACUGGUGGUUCUGUUGAUGGUUGUGCUAUGUUUUGGAAGGUUGAUAAGUUUCAGUUGUUAGAGGGUGAAAGCGUUGAAUUUAGGCAGCAUGGGCUUCGGGAUAAUGUUGCUCAACUCUCUGUUUUUGAGACGCGUGAAGCCAAGUCAAGGAGGCUCGUAGUUGGGAACAUUCAUGUGUUAUAUAAUCCAAACCGUGGAGAUGUUAAGCUUGGUCAAAUUCGUUUUCUUUCAUCAAGGGCACACAUACUUUCAGAAAAGUGGGACCAUGUACCUAUUGUGCUUGCAGGUGAUUAUAAUAGUACUCCCCAGAGUCCAAUCUACAAAUUCUUGUCAUCAUCCGAGCAGCUCAAUCUGAUGCUACAUAACCGAAAAGAGUUAUCUGGUCAGAGACGAUGCCAUCCCUCUCAAGUUCUUGGUCUUAGAAGAGAAAAGGGGAUUUUGUUUGUUUUAAUGGACAGAUUUUUUAAUUCUCGAUGGAGUGACGAGGAGAUAAAUGUUGCUAUUGGCGCCCCUAAAUCCCACAUAGCUAUGCACCCUUUGAAGCUAAAUAGUUCUUAUGCGAUGGUGAAGGGACCUCUAACAACAAGGGAUAACAGUGGUGAACCAUUAGCCACAUCUUACCACUCGAAGUUUCUGGGAACUGUUGAUUAUUUGUGGUAUUCUGAUGGUCUUGCACCCACAAAAGUUUUAGAUACUUUACCAAUUAAUGUCUUGAAGAAAACAGGUGGUCUUCCCUACAAGAAAUUGGGUAGUGAUCACUUGGCUUUGGUUUCUGAGUUUGCAUUCUUGGAAGUUGUUGGAGCAACUGAAGACCGUCUAUCAGUUAAAGGUGACAUCUGUUAAUAUAGUGAUGGACCGAUCAUCCAUACAACAAACUCCUCAUCGUGGCACGCAGGUUCAAGACAACAUGGGAAACAAACUGGAUAUUGCAUAUGUCAAACGGAGUGGCGUGAAUUAAACUGAGCGUAAGAAAUGACAAAAGUUUAGUUUGUGAUUACUAAGCAAAUGCAAUGUUCUAUCCGCUGUUGACUAGAAUUAUACUACGUACAAAUGAUUGUUGUAGCAUAAAUGAUAGGAACUCAUGGUUUGGACGUGUGAA